AUGGUGGCUGAUCUGCGUGUUCUUGUCGUCGGCAAAGGUGGGAGAGAACAUGCGCUCGCCUGGAAACUAAACCAGUCCCCUCUCGUCAACCACGUCUAUGUGCUACCUGGGAACGGCGGUACGGCGCUUGAGCAUAUGAAUAUUUCUAAUAUCGACAUCCCCCUCGAUCAAUAUGAAACCAUGGUGGAGGUGGCCAUUCAGCUCAAAAUUGGAUUGGUAGUCAUCGGGCCUGACUCGGCUGUCGUGGAUGGACUCGAAGAGAACUUCCGACUUGCAAAGAUACCAUGCUUCGCACCCAGCAAGGAGGCUGCCGAGAUCGAGGGUUCGAAAGCCUACGCGAAGGAUUUCAUGUCCCGCUAUCGCAUCCCUACCGCCGAGUAUAGGACAUUCACAAACUUCGAGGAAGCUAGCGCCUACAUCAACUCGGUCCAGCAUGAAGUGGUCAUCAAAGCAGACGGGCUGGCAGCCGGCAAAGGUGUUGUAAUCCCAGCAACAAAAGUCGAGGCCAUAACUGCAUUGGAAGAUAUCAUGGUGAAUCAUCAUUUCGGCGAUGCAGGGAGCUCUGUGGUCAUAGAAGAAUAUCUGCAUGGCCAAGAACUCAGUGUGUCGACGUUAUCUGAUGGAAAGACGGCCGUGACUCUAUCUACCGGCCAGGACCACAAGCGCAUCCGGGACGGAGAUCAGGGCCCAAACACCGGAGGAAUGGGGGUAUACGCCCCUGUACCAGCCGCGACAGUGUCAGUCAUGCAAAGAAUAGAAAGCGAAAUCCUCCAACCGACUUUCAAAGGGCUGCGACAAGAAGGCCGAGAAUUCAAAGGUCUUCUCUUUACUGGCAUCAUGUUGACGGACUCUGGUCCCAAAGUCCUGGAAUACAAUGCCCGCUUUGGAGACCCGGAGACACAGUCGAUCAUUCCUCUGCUCAAAGCCGAGCUGGACCUCGCCAUGGUCUUGCUGGCAUGCACCGAAGGAAGAUUACAUGAGAUGGAAAUCAAGCUGUCUAGCAGAUUUGCCUGUAAUGUCGUGGUGGCUGCUGGCGGCUAUCCCGAGGGAUAUCGGGCCGGGGACGUUGUUGAAAUGGAACCACUUCCCAAGUGCUGCCUCCUCUUUCACUCCGGUACCAAACUGGAUGAGAAGCGCAUCGUCACUGCAGGUGGACGAGUGUUCACAGUGGUUGGCCUGGGCGACACUCUCCCAGAAGCUGUGAGCAAUGCAUAUCGCGGUGUUCGAUCAAUCAAAUUCUCCGACAUGUUCUACAGGAAUGACAUUGCUUAUCGGUGA